UAGCUUGACAGCUGCGAAUGAUGAAACAGAGUUGUUAAUUGCUGCUAAGUUAAAGCUUGUUUGAUACAAAAUCAAUAACCUGUUACAUGUCUGCAAAAUUUUCAUAUAACAUACAUAUUAAAUAAUUACGUGAAAAUGCAUUAUUUAAAAAUCUAUUUUAAAGUCAAUGACAGUUCUUAAUUUAGAAUUAACAACUCUUUUUUUAAAAAAGACCACCCUGUGCCAAACUAGCGCCAGCUUGGUGACAAGAAUAACAACAAUGGUGACAGCAUUUGUUAUCAUUUGAGAAGUUCAUAAAAUUGCUGUCAAGUUCGAUAAAAAAAGGCGCUAAAUAUUUUUAUUUUCAUUUUCAAUUAUUGUAAAUAUACUUAAGAAAAAAUGCCAAAAUCUAAGAAGUCUCGAAAGAAUAGACGUAGCCAAGAUGAGGAGCAAUCCGAUAGCAGUGAUAAUGAAUCAUGUAACUCUAAAUCAGAAACCCGACAUCAUAAGCAAAAGAGUUCAAAACAUUCAAACAAGAAAAAUCGAUCAUCUAAGAAUUUGGACACAGAAGAUUCAAAUAGCACUACUUCCAGCUCUACACCGGCAAGGGAUUUAUCAGACUCUGCAACGCGUAAAACAGGCAAGCAUUCUAAAAGACGUGAAAAAAAUAAUCCAAAACGUGUGCAUAAUGAUGAUGAACCAGAGGAACGUAGGCAACGUCGACGCACGCAUAGUCGUGAGCGUGAAGAAAUAAGUAGCGGCGGUGAACCACAUGUUUCCAAAUGGGACAGUCCUGAGAGGCGAAAUCGCCAACGGAGCAGAAGUAGAAGCCGCCAGCGGCAAAGGCAAAGUAGAGAGCGUGAAAGAAGUGCACAACGUGAUGCAGUACGGUCACACGGAGAUCGAAACGACCGCGGAAAUCGUUCACAUAAUGAGUAUGCAGGAAGAGAGCGUUUGCCAGACAGACAUGACUACAGGGAUCGUUAUGUAAAUAGAAAUAGAGAGGAACGUUGGAGAGAUGAUCGUGGACAUCAAAACGAACGAAAAGGGCGAAGUCGCAGUCCUCGUACUGAUAAACAACAGAAUAGAUCACAAGGCCAUGAACGUUUUAAACGGGAACCCAGAGAACACUCUAGACAACAAAACUCACCCGCUCGACGUGGCCGUACAAAUCGCAGGCACUCACGCGACGAUGACAGUAAAAACUAUGAGUGGGGUGGUAGACGUGCUGAUGAUAAAAAUGAUGCGUCACAAAUAAAAGAGGAACCCGUCGAAAAAGAGAAACCCAAUUUCGGUCUAAGUGGAGCGUUAUUAGAAGAUACGAAUAAAGUUAAUGGCGUAGUUGUAAAAUAUGCUGAGCCGCCAGAAGCCCGAAAACCUAAACGUCGUUGGCGUCUAUACCCAUUCAAAGGUGAAACUGCGCUACCUACAUUGCAUAUACAUAGACAAAGCUGCUUCUUGGUUGGAAGAGAUCGAAAAGUAGCCGAUUUAGCUGUAGACCAUCCGAGUUGUUCAAAACAACAUGCCGCGCUACAAUAUCGGCUUGUACCAUUCGAACGCGAAGAUGGCACGCAGGGUAAACGUGUCCGGCUAUAUCUGAUUGAUUUGGAAUCUGCGAAUGGCACUUUUUUAAAUAACAAGAAAAUUGAGCCGCGGAAAUAUUAUGAAUUAAUUGAAAAGGAUGUUAUAAAAUUUGGCUUUAGUACACGAGAAUAUGUAUUAUUGCAUGAGAACAGCAAAGAAGAUCAAGAGGAUGAUGACGUAUUUGUUAAACCAGAACCGGAAGAUGUACCAGACGGACCAAACCCUUGAUAUUAAUCUAUAUGCCAAUAAGGGCCUGUGCCGUCACAAAGAACACAAUUAUCAUUAUCAUUGGAUUCGUAAUAAAUACAUGUUUUAAGGCGUUGAAAAUAUCUGAGAACAAAUCACGUAACGUAAAUCUUUGAUUUGUUAUACAGAUGCGCUAAUUCUGCUUAAAAUAAAUUUUAAACAAUUUAUUUGAUUUCAUCAUUUAAGAAUAAUACAGUUUUGGAUUUAAAGAUUGAUAAGCACACUUUCCAGGGGUAUAUUAAUAACAAAUUGUAGAUAUUUUUUUUAUAAAUAUAUGCUCGGUAUCAUUUUCAUAAUUUUGAUUUAUGUGAUUUUCUCGUAAACACGAUAAAGUCCAUCGUCAUACACAGUUUUAAGAACAGUUAAGUUUUAUGAUAAUUUGUUUAAAUACCGAAAAGUAUGGCAGCCCGCUGCUGUCUUUCAACGAUUUCCAACUGUCAACCAAUUGGAAUUACUUGCGAAAGCUUUUGUCUGCCGCGUAAGAAUAUUAAGAAAAUGCCGAAAAAACAAUCAAGAAAUGGUUUUAUGAUUUUUACCAUGGAUUGGAAGUCUAAGUAUGGUAAACACUUAACAUUGUCCGAAGCUACAACAGAAUCUGGCCGAAUAUGGGGGUCAAUGUCGGUGCAGGAGCGUGCUCCAUAUAAUGAGCGCGCAAAGCAGGAAAAAAUGGGCUUAAAAUCUAGCGCAGGACCAAAACUUACAUGUACGGGUAAGGCCAUUUCAGAAGUAGAAAGGGAGCGACAGGAUGCCGAGGAGCGUGAACGGCGCAUUAAACGGACUAUCGAGAUGAUUGUGCGAAACAGCGUUAAGAAUUACCAAUUGAAAACACAACCGUACUACUUUGUGAUGGUUAAUUAUUUCACACGGUCACUCGGAAGCGGUUGUUAUGUGCCAGCCGAAAUUUCUGUUGCUAAAUAUUCAUUACAAGAAGGUGUUUGCCGCACAUAUCAUAGUUUUAUAAAUCCUGGACCUGAAAUGUACGGUUUACAAUAUGAGGCACAGCAUCAUUCGGAAAAUACACAUAAGCUACCGUUACCGCCAAAUGCUAAAGGCGAAACCGAUUUAGGUUUAGUUUAUAAUAAUAUAUUAGAUUUUAUACGUGAUCCAGAAACUGGCGAGUAUCCGCCAAUUUAUACUCACCGUGAUUUCAUACCAGUUGUUAAAUCUGUUUUUGAAUUUCUCAAAUCUGAUGUAUCCGCUAGAGAUAUCGUAUUUGACACAUAUUCUAUACAAUAUCUCUUGUAUAUACUCAAAGAAUCUGCUAUGAAAAUAAAUGGAUCGGAUAAACAAAUUUCCAGCUACAUUACUGAUGCUGAUUUUGAAAGGGACUUUUUUGAAUAUCAAACUGGCAUAGCUUGCGCUUAUCAUGAAGAAAUUGAUAAAAGUAAAUAUUGUACACAAUCAUGUGUAGUCCGCUGGGGAUACAUGUUUUCUGAUUCACUUUGUGGCGAAGUUGCUGUUGAUUUGAUACCUGGUCGUCAUGUGCCCGCCACAACUAAUUUAGACGCCAUUAUAAAUCCAGCUCCAAGCACACAUGCUGACACUGAAUCGCAAAUUUCAGUAAAUAGUGAAAGCACUUUCGCUACCAAAGCCGUAUCCGAGAGAACAAUUUACUAUGAUUAUCAAAAGGCAUAUACACCAGCGCGUGUAAAUAACACCGAUCGUUCUUCGUGGCCGUACGAUGGUGAUGAUUUUCCAACGCUUGGAGCUGGUUCGUCGCGUAAGAAGCCCGGAUUCAUGGUUUCCUCUGCACCAGCUAAAAAUAGCCGCAUACACACUGCACAACAGCAGUUAAUGGAUAGUAGCUCACCAGAUUCUACCAUUGAUAUAAAUCCGUGGACAUUGCGUUCGCGUAAUGUACCACGAAAACCGGAUACUUCAUACUUCGAUAUAAACUAUACACGCGAUGAGACCACUGACUCUGAGUCGUCCGCACCAGUCGGUUAUGGGCGUGGCAGAAUGCGCAAUAACGUAUCUUCGACUAGCGAUCUAACUGCAGUAUCAGGACGUGGCAAGCUAUUCCAACGUUUGAAUAAAUAGUGUUAAAAUAUAUUGACACGAAAAUAAAACACAUAAAAAAUAAAAACAAAAUAUACAUAUAAUAUAUAAAAAUCAAAAUGGAACGUAUAUACAAGAAAUGCAUACAUAUAUCAAACAACUGUAGAAAUAUAGGAGUUGCGUGAAAAGUGCAUAUUAAUGACUUAUCAAUACUUAUAUAAUACUUAUCAAUUUUUUUUUUAUGUAUUUGGGAAAUACUUUAAUCUAUGUUUUUCAAACGAUUUAAAUUUUUUUAUGUUAAAGCGUUUUUUUUUUAAUUACUUGACUAAAAAAUAAUUUAAGCGAAUACGUGAUAAUCAUUUUUUAAUAAAAAGCACCCAAGCGUCCAUAUGCAA